AUGAAGAAAAUUCGUAUGUGGAAACGUCAAUACUUACAUGUAAUUAUAUUUGUUAGUCUAUUUUGGAUCUGUAUUGAUGUUUUUAUUCUUAUGUUAUUUACUGAUUGUGCUAAAACUAUCGUGGUGCCAUGUUCAUCAAUAAAACCAGUUAAAGGGGAUCCAACGUAUGAAAAACACUCAAAACUUAUUCAAACAUCAAAUAAUAAAGAACAAUCACAUAAAAUAGCAGAUAUUAAUAUUAUACAAAAACAACAUAAUCAAACAGAAAUAAAAAAAGAAUUAGGAUUUUUUGAAAAAUUAUUUAAAUAUGAUGCAAGUGCAACUAAUCCAACUUCCUGGCAUGGUGAAGGUGGUCGUGCUGUUGUUAUUCCACAACAAUUAAAAUUAGAAGCAAAAAAACGUUUUAAAGAAAAUCAAUUUAACAUUGUUGCAUCCGAUUUGAUAGCAUUAAAUCGUUCUAUAAAUGAUCAAAGAUCACAAAGAUGUCAUGCACAUGAAUUUCCAUCAGAUCUUCCUACCACAAGUAUCGUUAUUGUAUUUCAUAAUGAAGGAAAUUCAACUCUUUUAAGAACAUUAACAAGUAUUGUUAUUAGAAGUCCGACACAUCUUAUACAUGAGAUAAUAUUAGUUGAUGAUGCAAGCAUUGAUAGAGAAUACUUAGACAAGUCACUGGAAGAAUUCAUAAAAUUAUUACCUGUUCAAAUACAUCUACUGCGAAAUGAUAAACGACUAGGUUUGAUGAAAUCAAGAUUAAAAGGCGCUGAAAUAGCUGGUGGUGAUACGUUAACGUUUCUUGAUGCACAUAUUGAGACAUCACCAGGCUGGUUAGAAUAUUUAUUAUAUGAAGUGAAAAAAGAUAGAACAGCCGUUGUUUGUCCAAUAAUUGAUGUUAUUAACGAUGAUGAUUUUGCUUAUUUAACGGGUUCAGAUAUGACAUGGGGCGGUUUUAAUUGGAAAUUAAAUUUUCGAUGGUAUCCAGUGCCACAAAGAGAAGAAAUUAGACGAAAUCAUGAUCGUUCAUUGCCGUUAUUAUCUCCUACAAUGGCCGGAGGAUUGUUUACAAUUAAUCGUGAAUAUUUUUAUGAAAUUGGAUCCUAUGACCCAGGCAUGGAAGUGUGGGGUGGAGAAAACUUAGAAAUGUCAUUUCGCGUAUGGAUGUGUGGUGGAAAAGUAAUGAUUCAUCCUUGCUCUCAUGUGGGACAUGUAUUUCGUAAACAAACUCCAUACACCUUUCCAGGUGGUACGGGCACUGUGAUAUAUCAUAAUAAUAAGCGGUUAGUCGAAGUUUGGUUAGACAAAUAUAAAGAUCUGGUAUAUUCAAUUUUACCUGAAUUACGAAAUGUUGAUGGUGGGGAUGUCAGUGAACGUUUAAAAUUACGUGAAAAAUUGAAGUGUAAAGAUUUUCGUUGGUAUUUAGAAAAUAUCUAUCCAGAAUCAUCAAUGCCUGUCGAUUAUCAUCAUGUCGGAGCGAUACGAAGUGAGGGACGAUCAUCUUGUCUGACCGUACAUACUAGAUAUGUUGGUAAACUCCCAAAUAGUACAUUGUUCGUUUCACAAUGUGUCGGAAAUGGAAAAAAAAAUGCUACUAAAUUAGCAGCUUAUCAGAUCAUCGUCUAUUCUCGAAAUGGGGAAUUAAGAUUUGACGAUUUAUGCAUGGAAGGAUCGAAAAAUGAUGUUGUUAAAUUACAAAAAUGUCAAUAUCAAAAUCAAAAACAAAUAUGGGAGUACAAUAAAGUGACAAAACAAAUGAAACAUUUGAAUACUGGUCAAUGUAUGACAGUGAAUCAAAAUCAAGAAAAUGAAAAAGUUCAUUUAGCUGUUUGCGCAUCAUUCGAUAUGAGACAGCGUUGGGUGUUAGAACAAAAAAUUGAAUUAUAG